CUUUGGGCUUGUGUAUAUCUAUCCUACUUCCACAACCAUUACUUUCAAGCUUCAGCAAUGACAUGGCCUCCCUCCAUGCACGAGGUGUAUGCGGCCGUGAACUCUAUACGACAUCCCAACCCGUUUGCACUUACCGUACCAGAUGCGAUGUCUCAGGCCACCACUCGGGUACAAGGCCAUGGCGAAGAGAUCUUCGAUCCCGGACCUGAUGACGAUUUCUCGGAUUAUGCGGAGGAGUUAGCGAGCGAUACCACAUCAUUGGACUCUGAGAUAACGGCAUAUCGAUUUGAAAAUGGUCGACGCUAUCAUGCUUACAAGGAUGGGGCUUACUGGGCUCCAAAUGAUGAGAAGCAAAAUACACAACUAGAUCUCGCUCACCACAUGUUUAAGCGACUCCUGGGUGGCAGGUUACACCUCGCGCCGAUUGCCGACGGCAUCCAACGGGUACUUGAUAUUGGCACCGGGACUGGUAUUUGGGCCAUUGAUUUUGCUGAUACGUAUCCUUCUGCCGAAGUUAUCGGUACGGACUUAUCGCCCAUUCAGCCAAGCUUCGUUCCCCCAAAUCUACAGUUCGUGAUCGAAGAUGCAUCAGAGGAAUGGCUCUAUCCGGAGAACCACUUCGAUUUGAUUCACACCCGUACACUAUAUGGAGCUAUCGCAGACUGGCCUCAAUUCUACCACAAAGCUCUCAGGCAUCUGCGUCCUGGAGGAUGGUUUGAUCAACUAGAGAUGUCCAUACAAUUCCGAUCAGACGAUAAGACAUUGACAGAGGACCAUGUUCUGGCAGUCUGGUCCAGAACUUUCGAUGAGGCUGGCGAGAGACUGGGAAAGACCUUUCGCAUUUCUGAGUUAGCUGCUGGCUACAUGCAGGAGGCUGGCUUCCAGAACGUGGUCGAACGUCGAUUCAAAUUGCCCGUGGGUCCGUGGAGCAAAGACAAAGAACUGAGAGGCCUGGGCAUGUGGAACCUGGUUCAUUGUGAGCAUGGUCUUGAGGGCUGGGCUAUGGCGCUAUUUACACGGGUGAUGAAGUGGACGUUCGCAGAGGUACAGGUUUUCUUGGCCGAGAUGCGCAAGGGUCUUCGAGAUCCGAAGAUGCAUGCUUAUUUUGAAGUUGUGGGAGUCUACGGUCAAAAACCUGUGCAUGUUAUUUAGCCUGGAGCUGGUGCAUACACAUGCAAAGGUUUACUUCUACUUCAAUUAAUGAUUGCAUCAUGGGGUUUGAAUCGGCUCAACAGAUAUCACAUUAAAAUG